CUGAAUGAAGCCCCAACAGGUUUCUGUCCUGUCCUCACUACUAAGAUCCCAGGAUGACAACAGACCAGGCUGAACCAUGUUGCCUAGCAACCUGUCCCAGCCAAGAUGGAGUGCUAGUGAGCCCUGUGUGUCAGACUGAUGGAACAUGGUGGGCUGGAGGAAAUGAGACCCUCGGUGGGGUACAAGCCUGUUCCAGGAGAGGCUGUGCCCAGGCGCUGGCAGUGCCCCAGGGUGGGGUGAAACUGCUGCUUCUAGUACCUGAAGGACUCUUGUCCCAGAGGCAUGAAUUCCUGGCAUUCUCUGUGACGGGACAAGAUGGGAGAUGGGGGAGGGUAGAGGGUACAAGCUCCACCUAGGGCAGUGGCCACAGCAGGGAAAGGGGCAGACAGCACCAGGAGCCCGGGAAGGAAGCAUGAUGCCAGCAGGGACAGCAGCUGGAGCCUGCGUGUUGGUCCUUGCUCUGUGGGGAGCCGUAGUUGCUGGUCAGAACAUCACAGCCCGGAUCGGAGAGCCACUUGUCCUGAGCUGUAAGGGGGCCCCUAAGAAACCACCCCAGCAGCUAGAAUGGAAACUGAACACAGGCCGGACCGAAGCUUGGAAGGUCCUGUCUCCCCAAGGAGGACCCUGGGACAGCGUGGCUCAAAUCCUCCCCAAUGGUUCCCUCCUUCUUCCAGCUAUUGGAAUCGUGGAUGAGGGGACUUUCCGGUGCCGGGCAUUAAACAGGCAUGGAAAGGAGGUCAAGUCCAACUACCGUGUCCGAGUCUACCAGAUUCCUGGGAAGCCAGAAAUUGUGGAUCCUGCCUCUGAACUCACAGCUGGUGUCCCUAAUAAGGUAGGGACCUGUGUGUCAGAGGGAAGCUACCCUGCAGGGACUCUUAGCUGGCACUUGGAUGGGAAACUCCUGAUUCCUGAUGGCAAAGGAACAAUCGUGAAGGAAGAGACCACGAGACACCCCGAGACAGGGCUCUUCAUGCUGCAGUCAGAGCUGACAGUGACCCCAGCCCCAGGAGGAACAGCCCAUCCUACCUUCUCUUGCAGCUUCAGCCUGGGCCUUCCCCGACGCAGGCCCUUGAACGCAACCCCCAUCAAGACCCAUGUCAGGGAGCUUGUGCCUCCAGAGGGGAUCCAGCUGUUGGUUGAACCAGAAGGUGGAACAGUCGCUCCUGGUGGAACUGUGACCCUGACCUGUGUCAGCUCAGCUCAGCCCCCUCCUCAGAUCCACUGGAAAAAGGAUGGUACACCCCUGCCCCUUGCUUCCAACCCUGUGCUGCUCCUCUCUGAGGUGGGGCAUGAGGAUGAGGGGAUCUACAGUUGUGUGGCCACCCAUCCCAGCCACGAGCCUCAGGAGAGCCCCCCUGUCAGCAUCAGUAUCACAGAAACAGGCCAGGAGGGGCCGGCUGCAGGCUCUGUGGGUGGGGCUGGGCUGGGGACGCUAGCCCUGGCCCUGGGGAUCCUCGGAGGCCUGGGAAUGGCCACCCUGCUCGUUGGGGUCAUCCUGUGGCGAAAACGGCAACCCAGAGAGGAGAGGAAGGCCCCAGAAAACGAGGAGGACGAGGAGGAACGCGCAGAGCUGAAUCAGUCAGAGGACGCCGAAACAGCAGAGAACGUGGCAGGGGGACCUUAGGAGAGCCCAGGCAGACUCUGUCCACCAGCUCCUUCGCCGCCCUCGUCCUCCCUCUCCCGCGUACGAACCCCAUUCCACCUCAUACACUUUCUUCUACAACCAGAGCCCACCUGACCCAUGCUGAGUAAACACUUGACACA